UUAAACUCUGAGCGAGAGUGAUGCCAAUGCAAAGUGGAGACCAACUUCGAAAAAAAAAAAGAAAUUGCGACGGGAUUCCCCAAAUUUGCCACUUCCCAACUUCACCACCACCACACGAUUUCCCGCCCUAACUUCCCAAUGAACACCCUUCUACUUUUUUGCUUGCGGCCGUAGAUCCCAUUCCCCCAAUUCUCGAAACCCUAUUUCCGGCGUUGUUUGGGCUUCUAAGCUCCCUACUCAGGGUUAAGCAGCGAAGAACCCUUAGAAGAAGCCCACUGAUUGAGUUCUCUUGGUCAUAGUAAUGAGAACCAAGCGGAGGGCUGGACGCCCAAAGAAGAAUGUACAGAAGGGAGCUUCUUCUGCUGCUGCUCCUCCAACUGCUGCCUCCCCCAAGCAUCAUAUUGCCACACAGCCAUUUGCUGCUACUUCCACAGCAAAUCUAUCUGCUGCUUCAGCCCCUUUGACUGCAGCUGCCGCACUUAAUGCCAAUAAGAAGGCAUUCUUGAACCUUGUCGGCCAGAUUGCCCAAGAAAACCUAGGGCUGGACAAAUCUAAGGAUCUCGGGCUCCGUGGAAUGGGUUCUGGCCCUCGCUUUUAUUCGUCUUCUUCUUCAUCAAGUGGAGGUGACUCAUUCCAUGUUGAAGAUAAUAUUAGUGGCUUCGACGUUCCAGGAACUGACUGGUGGGGUGGUGAUAAAUCAGGGCGCAAGCGUGGUCGGCCUAGAGAAGGGGAUGCCACAAAGAGUGUUAGCAAUUUGCAGGCGACCUCAUUGAGUGGGUUGCAUCCUUGGAGCAGUAAGGAAAAGAGAUCAAAGAAGUCAUGCCUGGAUCCCCGAUACAAUGAGACAGAACUAAAAACUUCCUUUGCAAUCAUUAAGAAGAUAAUGGAUAUGGAUGAAGCUGCAUCAUUCAGCGCUCCUGUAGAUCCUGUUCUUAAUCGCAUGGAUGCUAGAGAUGCACCUAUGGAUUUUGGAACAAUAUGCAGCAAUCUUCAGAAUGGUUUCAAGUACCUAAAUGCUGAUGACGUAUACAAGGACGUGGAGUGCAUUUGGGCGCAUUGUUUGAAGUAUAACAAGAAAGGUGAUUAUAUUGUAUACCUUAUGAAGAGAGUGAAGAAGAAGUUUCUGAAAUACUGGACAGCAGCUGGCUUGCAUACUGAAAUGCAAGAGACCACAGGGCAACCUGAGUUUCCACCUUGUAUCAAUCACAGGAUGGGACGCACCAGUUGCGAGGCUAGUUGUGCAGCGAAUCUUGUUGAUAACCCGACUCAGAAGCAUACAGCUCGGGUCACCCCAUCAAGCUACAGUCAUCAGGCUCAGGUGCAUCCAUCAAGUUAUAAUUACAAGGAUCAGGUGCUCCCAUCAAGCUACAGUAACAAGGCCAAGGUUCCUCCACUGCAGCCUACCAUCAAUGAUUCGCCACAGUUGCAGUCUAGAAUCAAUGCAAAUGAUGCAGGACGUUCAUAUGCCCCCUCACCGGACUCUGCUAGGAAGCAAACAAAAGACGCAACCCGGACUCCCAAGAUGACUAAGUCCAGCCAUUCCAAGCAUCAGCCAAAUUCAAGCACAUAUUACCUGCGACGUCGUGGGCAAAGUGUUAGUCAGCAACAACCAGCUCGGUCUCUUGUUCAAGAGAAUGAUGGGGCAAGACCUCCAGAUGGGCCGUUCGCUAGCAGUAAUUUGGGGCAAAAUGGCUUUCUGUCUACAGAUGCAGUUAACCCCACAGUUAUCAGCCAGAGUCAAGUUCAACCACAACCACCUCCAGCGAGUCAAAGCCAGCGACAUGUAUCUCAGAUACAUGAGGGAAGCAUUGCACAGCCACAAUACUCUGAGCAGUUUGCUACAGCUUCACAUGCUGGAGGCGAGAAUGGCUUGAGGGGCGAGAGACAAGUGGAAUGGGAUGGUUAUCAGAUGGGAACUGCGACCCCCUCCUUUCAUAAUCACGCACAGCAGGAGCAUUCUGGAAAUUACAGCAGCCCAGACAGUCCAGUAGCGCCCAUUCGUAGCUCAAAGAAGCGAGUACGAGGCCCGUCCCGGUGUCGUUUUGUGUGGGACAUGCCUGAUGGUAGCAAAAUGGUUGUUCAACUUAAUGAUUUGGGACAACCAAUUGGCUCUGAAGGAAGAAAGCUGGCUUCAUUUCUGGGCACCCUGGCACGGGAUGGUACCUUGGCUCCCCUUAACUAUGGGAAGUGGACUGCAUUGCCAAAAGCAAACAAAGAAAGCAUGUGGCAGUUGGUUCAGGCUAAGUUCGAGAUUGAUCCCAUGGCAAAAUCUUGGGUCAUGAAGUCUCUUUUUUCAAAAUGGACGAGCUGGAAAUCAAGGUUGAAGACAUAUUAUUUCUCAUGCAAGACUGAGGAGGAGCGCAUGAGGAAUCUCGACAAAAGAGUCAUUCCAGAUCAGUGGCCAGGCCUCGUAUCCUAUUGGAACAAGGAAGAGGUGAAGUUGCUUUGUGCUAGGAAUAGGGCAAAUCGUGCUCAUGUAAAACAUUCACACACCUCCGGCUCAAAGAGUUACGCAACCAUACGAGAGGAAGAGCGUGCAAAAAGGGCCGAUGGGAAGACUCCUACUAGAGCAGAGUUGUUUGUGCUGACCCAUACACGAAAGGAUGGAAAUCCUGUGAAUGAGGAUGCUGCAGAAGUAUUUGAAAAAUUGCAAGAAAAAACUACUCAGAGGCAGCAAAAUUCCGAUGUUAGUGAUAGUUCGCAUGACACUUUCUUCAAAGUUACAGGCGAAGAAAAUAAAAAGAAUGUGAGCAUGUAUGGUCUAGGAGGACCUAGCCCUGCUACUCUUUGGGGACGAAAGUGUGGCCAUAUCCAGUUUGCAAAAAUGGCCAUGGAAACCAAAAAGCAAGCUGAUGAGGAGGCAAACAAGAUUUUCAAUAAAGUUGAGGCAGUUUGCAGUAAAGUCGAGGUAAUGGAGCAAAAGUAUACCUCAAUGGAAGCACAGAUUGACAGGAUGAACUCAAACAUGGAGCUUAUGCUUCAGAAGAUGGGGGUACCUGUGCAAUCAAGAUCCAAUCACUUGAACCAGGUCGAUCAGGCAGAAGAACCAUCGUCAUCAUCAAGUCUUGGAGUUCGAGCAGAUCAGGUAGUUCACAGCCGGGCAAACUCUAGAAGGAGCCAGUACUGAGUACCAGCUUCUGUGUAAUGCUGCUGCACUCUCCACUAUCUGUUUGACUGACUAUAUCUUGUAUUGUUGCUAGGCUCAGUGGAAUCUCCCCAGGGUUUGGGAAAUGUAAACAAGGUUGGAAACACCAGUCAAGUCGUCGUGCACUCGUCUCCAUCAAUCCGCGUAGUAACUUUUAGUUACCAGCAUAGUCCUGAUUGUUGUAGUUUGCUUAAGUACGUUUUUCGCUUGUUGCUGCUUGCUCAUCGAGCAAAGUUUGUGGUGAGCUCGAGCUUUACUUAGUUAUGUGUGAUGCAAUAAUUUAUGGGUGGUGGUAGAGGAGGAGGCUUUAGAACUUAUUAUUGUCAAACACUGGUCAAUGGUCUCUGCUGCUAAGUGGGAUUUGAACAAUCAGUGCAGGAAGAACUUACGUUAAUGGACUAUAUAGCGACGAUCACAAUAGUGACGCUACUUGAGGGAUGUUUUUUUCUUUUAGCGUAUAAUACUUAAUCUACCCCAUUAGGUUAUGUUGGUCAGUGGUUACACUUACAAAUCUUUAAUUUGGUUUAGCGUACAUUAAUUAUCUGUA